AUCAUUGAAAAAAGUUAGACUCGCGCUAUUAAUACAUGUUCAUGUAAAACUAUAAACCACAGACGACUGAUAGAGACUGAGGUGAAUGAAAAUUAGAUUGAAUGUUUUAACGUGAAAGUCUGAACUCACUGACAAUGAAGGACUUAUAAUGGACUUCUUAUACCUGGAGCGUCUUUUGUGUACAAGCUUGAAAAAGUGACUCGACACCGAGGAAAAACAUCGAUCGUUGACUUGUACAGGGUUGCUGUGUGACAGUGUAAUAAUGAUGGAUCAUGACACUCAGUGGCUGUAUCAGCUCCUUGCUGAAGUGCAGCUGGAGAGAUUCUACCUAAGGAUGCGCGACGGACUCAACGUGACACGUAUUGAGCACCUGAACUAUGUUAAAGAUGCAGAUCUUGAACAUAUUGGCAUUAGUAGACCAGGACAGCGACGAUUAUGGGAAGCUGUCAAAAAAUUUAAAACCAACAGGCGACCACGGUCAGGUGUGACCAAGGUUUUCAGUGGUCGCACCCCAGAGGGAAGUGACCAGUUAAAUGCUGUUGGACCCAGCCAGAGGCCGGACACAGGGCAUGCUCUCACCUGCCUUAUCCAGGAUAGUGAACUGAUCUUUGGGGAGAGGCUGGGCUCAGGCUCCUUUGGGGUUGUUAGGAAAGCAGAAUGGCACACGCCAACUGGACGAGUGCUGCCGGUAGCAGUGAAAACCUUGAGGGGUGACACAUCCAGGCAGGUACACUUGGUGACUGAUUUCCUCCAGGAAGUGACGACCAUGCAGUCUCUGGAUCACCCUAACAUUAUACAUCUCUAUGGUGUUGUCCUUACUCAACCACUUAAAAUGAUAACAGAGCUGGCUCCUUUCGGUUCUUUAUACGACACACUACGCCUACGUCAGGGAAAAUAUCCUCUUUCCCGUCUCUGGCUCUUCAGCACACAGAUUGCUGCAGGUAUGGAGUAUUUAGAGUCCAAGCGCUUCAUCCACAGAGACCUUGCGGCCCGGAACGUGCUCUUGACUGCUAGAGAGCAAGUGAAGAUCGGAGACUUUGGAUUGAUGAAAGGCUUGGAUCAGGACAGGGACCACUACGUCAUGACGGCACACAGACCCAUCCCCUUUGCAUGGUGUGCUCCUGAGUGUUUAUGUGUAGGUUCUUUCUCUCAUGCCUCAGAUGUCUGGAGUUUUGGUGUCACGUUGUGGGAAAUGUUCACUUAUUGUGAGGAGCCCUGGAUGCGGCUCUCUGGCAGGCAGAUCUUGUAUCGUGUAGAGCGGGGUGAGCGGUUGGUGAGGCCUCCAGACUGUCCACAAGAGCUGUAUUCUGUGAUGCGUAAAUGUUGGGCCUACAAUUCUACUGACCGACCGACCUUCUCACAGCUUACCACCAUGGUAGCAGAGGCACAGCCUAUGGAAGUUCGUGCAGUGAAAGACUUCACAGAGCCCAGAAAACUCUCGCUGCAGGCGAAUGAUCUAGUGACCGUAAUAGACCAUGGGCUGGAAAUGACUGAGUGGAAGGGGCAAAACCAGAGAACUCUAAAUGUUGCCUGGUUCCCCCCUGCGUUGACGGUCGCCUCUCUUACAUUAGUAGGUAUGGUGACUUGUUCUGGUCCUCGUCCUGGUCCUGGUUUGAUCUCUCCCCCUCUUAGAGGUAGUCUGAUGCACACUGGUCAUGGAGACACUGACCCAGGACGCAGCUGGGGGACCCCAGAACGAAUAGAUGGCCCCGGAAGUUGGAGGAUCCCAUUAGCAAGAGAGAUGGAAGGCUCCAAUCUGAAGAAAAUGGCAGGCAUGUCAAGGAGUCUGGAGUCCGUCCUUGGUGGUGCACAGGUCAAAGGUCGAGCUGGUGGGAGUGCAGCUCAAAGAACCGAUAACCGCAGACCCAUGCAAGGACAACUGGUCCAAAACCACUGCAGAUUUAGUGAUGUUGUCAUCACACCUCCACGGCCAACACCCCCCAACUUCAAAUGCAUCAAACCCCUGAUAACGUUCCAUGAUCGGAGACCGGGAAACCCAGACACUGGUGCCUGGAUCCCUCCAACUCAUUCACACCUACAGCUACAGUUCCAAAACCAACCACAGCAGCGGUGUUUAGUGGCUUACAACCUUGCCAGAAUGGCCCAAUUGGCCUGGUCAAGCCCUCAGUUAGAUCAUGGCCUUAAGAAAGAGAAGGAGAGAGAGAGCGAACGAGAGAAAGAAAGAGAGCGGGAGAAAGCAAAGGAGAGGUACCCACCGCAAAUUGACAAGGAGGCGGUCAUAGCACAGAUUCAGGAGGCGGUACAUGGAGUGACCAGUGAAGAGGUUCAGAAAGCUCUGCAUCGCAAUGACUGGAAUCCUACACAAGCUGAACAACAGCUAAAGACAGACCAGCUGUAUUACAUGAAUCAGUGCUCUCGUGAUGAAUGUCAAAAAAUCCUGGUUCGUUACAACUGGGACCUGCAGCAUGCUGGCUGUUACCUCAUUCGACUGGUCAAAGACAGAACCAGAGAGGCUGCACUAGAAAGAUAAGAAAGAGCUUAAAGCAAGACUAAGUGAACUAUGAAGAUGUCAGGAGGAUCAAUGGUUCAUCAUCACAGAGGAUUUGAUGCUUCAUAUCACUGAAUUCUGUCAAGCGGUCACAAAAAUCCAAGACGCCUUAAAACUUUCCUACUGUGAACAAUUUUCAGACCACCUCCAAUUUUGCGGGUGUGAAACAAUUUAUAGUGACUCUAUGUGUUGCCCCUAGUGUGCUUGAUGAUUCAAUUGAUGACAUCAAUGAAGCCAUUUUCAGUUGUAUUAGGGGCCCAGAGGUGCAGUUUUGGUUCAAAAAAAAUAAAAAAUAGGCAGAAUAAUUUUCACUAAACUCAGAAAUUGCCUUUUUUUUUUUUUUUAGAUGCCAUUCCAGUUUCCAUUGUGACUGUUUAUUGUCCACUUACAAUGUUUUGUAUGCAUAUAGAUGUGAAAAUGUAUCUGCUAAUUUCAGAGAAACUGUAUUUAAAUGUAUAUGUUGAAUUUGUGUGUAUAUAUAUAUAUAUAUAUAUAUAUUGUGUUUGUAGCUGUUUAAUAAAGUAACACAUUUUUAUAAAUGUAUAUUUUUGAUGAUCAUCAUACAAUAAUUUAUGGCAAGCAUUGUUGCUUUCUCAUUGGAAGCAUACCAGGUAAUAGAAAAUGCAAUGCUGAAUAUAUCCCUAAAAAUACAUGUGGCAGUUUUCACAAAUGUUGAUUCACUAAAUGAAUUCACUAAAAAGCAAAUCAGACAUUUGUAGCCCAAUAUUUUGUUCUGUUCCAUGAUGCUGGGAUGGAGAGGGAAAUUAUAAGGUUUCUUGAGUCUAUUAUAUGUGUGGGUAUCUCCAGCGCAGAGCAUUAGUUUCUGUCUGUUUUGCAUUCUCACUCU